AUGGGUGGAUUUUGGCUGGAGAAGGAGGUCGUGAAGGAUGUCAGUUUAUGGGUGACCCGGUGCUCGGUCCUCUCGAGCUUCGGCGCGCAUCUCAUCCUGGCACUGUUCGCCAGCAUCCGACGGCGUGAAGACUCCGCCGUGCGGAGGUUCCCGGUGUGGCUGGCGUACCAGGUGACUCACCUUGCCUCGAAACUCGCCAUCGGCAAGCUGUACCUCGACAGCCCGUCAAGCAGCAAGCAGCUGUUCGCCUUCUGGGUGCCUUUCGUCCUGCUGCAUCUCGGCCUCGCCGACAACAUCAGCGCCUACUCCUUGGAGGACAACGUGCUGUCGUGGCGCCAAGGGGUAGAGAUGGUCCUGCUACUCUUUGUAGCGUUGAUUGGCGCAUACAACCAAAGAUUCAUGAGCUGCGACAGGGCUUUGUGCACUGCGUUCGUCAUGAUUUUCUUCCUGGGAUCCUAUAAGUAUGUGGAGAGGAUAUGGGCGCUACGCCUAGCUGGCUUCGCCCGCAUCCGCAGCUCAUACAAGGGGAUGAUGACAAGGCGCUUCAGUCUUGAUCAGGAUGAAAACGCCGAGGAUCGAAACGCCGAGCUGGAUGAUUAUGACGCCCUCCGUGAUGCUCACGGCCUGUUCGGUGUCUCCCUGGGUGCCUUCGCAGAUUAUUCAGUCAAGCUCCAGGAGAAGCCAGAACAUGAUCCUUUCAAGACAUGGUAUUCCUACCGGAGCGAUGUUGUGAAGAUGGUCGAGAUGCAGCUCUCGCUCAUGUAUGACAUCAUGUACACCAAGGCAGCAGUGAUCCACACUUGGCCUGGCUACAUCAUCCGUCUCGCCUCGCCGCCCCUCACUCUCACCGCCCUCUUACUGUUUUUCUUGCACAGUAAAGAUGGCAUGGGGGGGAUAGAUAUCACCAUCACUUAUGCCCUGCUGAUUGGCACCUUCCUGCUGGAUGUGAGAUGGCUGCUCAGAGCGCUGGGCUCGUCCUGGACAUACGCAUUCUUGCAAGAUACUACAAGAUGCGAGCUGCUCAAGAAGACACUUUGCUGCCGGCGUGGGUGCUGGUAUGGGCUCCGUCGCUUUGUUCUCUGUCUGGAUCCGUCCCGUCUGUGGCGUCAAGGGGAAUGUAGCCACAGGCUUUGGUCGCGCACCAUGGGGCAGCACAACUUGUUGGGCGAGUGCACUGAUGGCACACCGAUGAGCAAGAUUGGAUGGGAUGACAACUCUAAGACUAAGAGCGCGGGGGUCGGGUCAUUGGUGGAAGAGUUAUGUGCAGACAUAUGGCCGCAUAUAUUUCAUGCCUAUAUCCUAAGGAGGGUGCCAGAGAAGGAUAUGGGUCCCAUGCCCCCACAAGCUUCCGAUAGGCGUAGGUCAUUCAGCGAGGAAAGGCGCUUUGGUGCUGAAUUUGAUGAGCUCGUUAUCACGUGGCACAUUGCUACGGACAUCUUCCUCUUGGGCAGGACCGAAACUGAACAAGAUGAACAUUGUGACACCUUUCAGAAGAUCAAGGCCCUAUCAGACUACAUGAUGUUCCUCGUCGCUAAACGUCCGGAAAUGCUGCCAGGCCUUAAACUCCACAGCCAUUAUGAAGAAACCCGUGUUGCUUUGGAGGGGAUCAAAUCCAGAUGUAACGGAUGUACAGACAGUCAGAAGCUUGCCGACGAGCUAGGGAAGAUGCAGCAUUCCUAUUCCGGGCUGUUAACUAAUAAGGUUCUCCGGGACGCUGUUAUUUAUGCCAAACUGCUCAAGAAGCUGUGUCUGGCUGAGCAUGUGUACCAAGAAUGGAGCACAAUUUUCGGCGAUGUAGUUUUUGAGGUAAUAAUUUCCAGAGAUGAUGAGAUGAAAGAUGAACUCGAGAGAAGACUUCUAAUUCUGGUCCCGAAAUUCAAGAAUUAUGCACGGCCAUCUGAUGGGCGUGUGCGUGUGGGCUGGCCACUGGAAGAGGUGUUACGGAACUUCGUUCUCCAAUCAUGGGUCCGUUUGCUCGUCUUCGGGUCGAUUCGCUGCAGCAGGGAUUCACACGCCAAGCAGCUGGGCUGUGGUGGUGAGCUCACAACUAUCCUCUGGAUCCUAGCUGAGCACAAGGACAUAAUCAACGUAACGAAAUUCACAAAGGACUAG